AUGGAGACUCUGUGCCCCUCUCCCCGCCUCGCAGUGCCGGCGUCCCCGCGAGGGUCGCCCUGCUCCCCCACACCCCGGAAGACGCGUCGGGGGACCCAGGAGUUCUCUCCGUUGUGCCUGCGUGCCCUUGCCUUCUGCGCCCUUGCCAAACCCCGGGCGUCCUCUCUGGGCCUGGGGCCUGGGGAGCUGGCGCCGCGGGCUCCGGUGCUGCUGGGCCCUCAUGCCCCGCUGUGCACCGGCGGCUGGGCCCCGGAUGGCCUGAAGCACCUCGCGGGACAGGCCUGGCGUUACAGCGAUCCCAACUCCCCGGCCAGCCAGGAUGCCGACGCCGCUGUGUGCCGGGGCCGCAGCGAGGAGGAAGAGGGCGGAGGCAGUUUCCCGCACUUCGGCGCUCGCUCCGGCGUACCUCCCGGCCGCUGCCCGGCGCCCCGGCGCCCUCGGGAAUCUCCGACCAGCUCCGUCUCGGCUCCGCCUAGGCCAGCCCCCGAUCUCGACUCCCAGCCUGGCCCCGCCGCCAGCCCGCAUCAGGAACCGGGUUCCCGGCCAACGCCGCCACCUGCGGGCCUCUCCUCUGAGCCCGCGGGGCCCGGGACAGCGCCGGAGCCGCCCCCGCCGAGCCAUACUGCCGCAGUCGAUGGAAACCCCCCGAAGGCCUCCCCCGAGGCAACGGCCGCCAGCCCCUCGACGGCCAGCGAAGCUCCGGCGGCGCCCGGCGAUCUCCGCCAGGAACAUUUCGAUCGUCUGAUCCGCCGCUCGAAACUUUGGUGUUACGCGAAGGGCUUCGCCCUCGACACUCCGAGUUUGCGCCGGGGGCCCGAGCGGCCCCCAGCCAAAGGGCCCUCCCGGGGAGCCGCCAAGAAACGCCGGCGGCCGACGCCCCCCCAACGCAGCGCACAGCCCCGCCGUCCUGCACCGACGCUCCCCAUCACGAGCACCUUCAGCCUCCUCGACUGCUUCCCCUGCCCCCCGGCCCUGGUGGUGGGGGAGGACGGAGACUUAGGGCCGGCAUCCUCGCUUCGUCUCCAGGGAGACUCUAAGCCCCCGCCUGCCCACCCGCUGUGGAGGUGGCAGAUUGGGGGUCCCGCUGUCCCUGAGCCCCCCGGCCUCAAAUUCUGGGGGAUCAACCUGGAGCAGCUCUGA